AUGGCGAUGUACGCACGAUCUCACUCGAAAAAUAGAUUUGCAUGGAGAACUGACAAUGUAUUGCCGCGAGAAAGAAGUGAUGUGUGCUUCAUAGAAACUAAGAGGCACUACCCAUUGGCAAUUAUGGCGAUGUACGCACGAUCUCACUCGAAAAAUGCCCCAAAAGCGGAGAUGGAAGAAAUGGUCCUUGAAAUCGUAACAGCACUGAAGGAUGAAGUUAAAGAAAACGAAUGGAUGGAUGCUGAGUUCAAAAAGGUUGUACUACAAAAGCUGGAUAAAAUCACAUGGAGUCUAAUCGAGGACGAUAUGUUUUACAAUGACACCGCGUUAGAUGAAGAGUACGCUGCUCACGUAGCACUAGCAAAUCUUCCCUUUCUGGACAUGAUAGAGAGGCUUGCCUAUAUCGAAAAAAUGAAGAAUUUCAAGAGGCUUUUGGUGAUUCUUGAUUUGAGGAAAGAGUUAGCAAAGUUCAGUGUUAUGGGCUACCAGAUCAACGCCUAUUACAUACCUUUGUUGAACAGAAUAAGCAACAAUGCACUCGCACUCGCACUCGCAGAAGUUGAAGCCAAUACGAAUUGCCACAUUGAACAUUGGAACUCUCACAGGACGGAGCCGCGAGUUGGCCGAAAUGUUGAAAAGGCGCAAGGUGACCAUUGCAUGCAUCCAGGAGACACGAUGGAGAGGGCAAAAAUCGUGCGAUAUUGGAGAACGGGUACAAGCUCAGCUUACUAUGGCACAUCCAAUAGCAAGGGAGUGGCCAUUGCCGUCGAAUAUCGAGCUGCGCAGUCCACAUCGCGGAAGUACAGCGCCACUCAGGACAGGCUCAUCUCUGCUAUCAUUGAUUGUGAAACUUGCCGUGUACACGUGUUUUCUGCCUAUGCUCCACAAUGUGGCUGCGAAGACGAGGAGAAAGAACGAUUCUGGACAGAUCUGCAAGACAAUGAUCGAAAAAGUCAAACUCAAUACGUGAUGGUGAGGAAACGAGAUAUGCCAGUUGUUAGCAAUGCGAAGGUUGUUCCAUCUGAGUGUGUAGCACCGCAACAUAAGCUGCUCGUGGUUGAUAUAAGAUGA